AUAAAAGAGCUUAAAAGUUUCUCUCAUUUGAGUAUCAGAGUAUGCAACAAACGAUGAGAUUUAAGAUACUACCAUUGUUCAUUUUCCUCUCUCUUGUUACCUUGUUCCUCUGCACAGAUUCGUUUUCGGACCAAAAUGGCGUUGUUCCGAGCUCUGAGCCGUCGUUUUCAUCGCCACUUCUGGUCAAGAGGGAUCAACGCAAGCCAAUCGUCGCGACGGAGUUUGGAAAGAUAUCAGCCGUCCAGAUCGGCGAUGGAUAUCAUCUUCAGUUCAUAACAUUGGAGCCAAAUGCACUCUUACUUCCACUUCUUCUCCAUUCCGACAUGGUUUUCUUUGUUCACACUGGGACUGGGAUUCUGAAUUGGAUCGACGAGGAGAGCGAGAGGACGUUAGAAUUAAGACGGGGAGAUGUUUUCAGGCUACGUUCCGGUACAGUCUUCUAUGUACAUAGCAACGAGAAACUUAGGGUUUACGCAAUCUUCGAUGUGGGGAAGUGUUUAAACGAUCCAUGUCUUGGAGCCUACUCGAGUGUUAGAGACCUUUUAUUGGGUUUCGAUGAUAGAACUCUCCGGUCAGCUUUUGCGGUUCCUGAGGAUAUUUUGAGGAAGAUAAGAGAAGCAACAAAACCUCCGUUGAUUGUAAAUGCUCUGCCGAGAAACAGAACACGAGGCUCGCAGGAGGAUAAAUGGCAGUCACGGCUCGUUAGGCUCUUUAUCAGAGUUGAAGACGUGACUGAUCAUUUGGCUAUGAAACCAAUCGUUGAUACUAAUAAAAAGAAAUCAAGAACGUUCAAUGUUUUUGAGGAAGACCCGGACUUUGAGAACAUCAAUGGUCGGAGCAUAGUGGUAGACGAGAAGGAUUUGGAUGCUUUAAAGGGUUCAAGAUUUGGGGUUUUUAUGGUUAAUCUGACUAAGGGAUCGAUGAUGGGACCGCAUUGGAACCCUAGUGCUUGUGAGAUAUCGAUUGUGUUACAAGGGGAAGGCAUGAUUCGGGUGGUUAACCAACAAUCGUUUUCUUCUUGCAAGAACAAUAGCAAGAACGAGAGGUUCAUGGUUGAGGAAGGAGAUCACUUCCGCGAAGACGAACCACCCUCAGUUUUUAGUAGGACAGAGCUCGGUUCUGAAAGUAUUGGACCGGGAGGUACUUGCUGUGUCUUUCAACUUAAGUAACGAGACAAUUAAGGGAUUGUUGAAAGCUCAGAAAGAAAGUGUGAUAUUUGAG